AUGGAAGUGCGAAAGCGCUCCAUUCCGCGACCCGCGGUCGUAGGGCGUUUGGAAAAGUUGGACACGAUCUUUCGGGCCAAGACCGGUGAGUUUCUGUGUGUGAACCUGUGGAAGCUGGUGGUUAAUGGCCUCCAAUGGUCGUCAAAGCCUCGAUCAAACGUCCUUCUUCAGGAAAGCGAUAUGUUUGUGCACCACAUCGGCAUCGUCACGCAGGCGAAGAUAGACUUCGAUCAUCCCAGCGACAUCGAAUGGAUUCUGAAGCCAGAGAGCGAGAGGUGGGUCCAAUCCAUCAGCAGUGACCACCCCAUGCUGGCCAUUCAAAGCCGUACAAAGGGGAAGUGGCUAAGCUGCAUACCUUUUGAUCAUUUUGAUCACUAUGCAAAUAGUUCUUUACUUUAA